ACAAUCAAUAAAAAAAUAACAAUAAGUGAGCAGAGUCAAUUAUGUGGUACGUGGACCUCGAAUUCGAAGUAUGAAAAUGCAGGAGAUUCCAACAUUUUCAAUGCCCUGUACAUUCUCUGGAACAAACAUUUCAAGUCACAAUUGUCGAGUGCGUAACUACCAGAAUUCAAUUGAAAUCGGAACCCAACACCGGUUGAUUAAGGUGGAAUGAUGUUAUAUAAAAGCAUAGGUUAGUUAGUACCACCGAAUCACAUCAGACACAGAGAAGAACAUGGAUUUCAGCAGCAUUAGAAUGUUGGCACAAGGUGUAUUUCUCUUCCUUGUUCUUUCGACCAUGGCAGAGGGGACAAAGCCCAGAACCAUUUUGGUCGGAGACUCCCAAGGUUGGCGUGCAGGCACUAACUACACGCAAUGGGCCAUUCAAAACAGCCCCUUCCACAUAAACGACACACUGGUGUUCAAGUAUCCCCCACCAGGAAAUUCGACGGUUACGCAGAGCGUGUACUUGCUCCCGAACUUGUGGAGCUACAUAACGUGCGAAUUCCGAGGAGCAAAGGUGUUGGGGAACGCAAGUGAAGGCGAUGACGAAGGGUUUAAGGUUGCAUUAAACGAGUCGAAGCCAUAUUACUUUGCCUCUGCAGAAGGCAACUCUUAUGACUGUCUCGCUGGUCUCACCAAGUUCAUCGCUGUUCCAUCAACACGCUCUACCCCUUCUUAGCCCAAAUUCAAUAAUUUCCAUUUCACUUUAUGUUUCUCUUUCUUCUAUCAUUUCACAUCUCAUCUUGUGUUCUGUCUUCUUUUCUUAAUGAAAUAAAACUGCAUUUGGUAAGCA